AAAUCUAUUACACAACUGUCUUUUCUUCAUUCUGCCUGCAUCUCCUCGCCGGUCUGUGGUAACAUUACACGCUCCUCGCUUUUGAUUCUUCAAUCAAACGCACGAAGGAAAUGAGUGGGGAUCAGAUCGACUGUGGCCCUCGUUUCAAUGACGCUCACAAGCAUAAAGACAAGUAUAAAGAGAAGGAACACAAACAUAAGGACCACAAAAAGGAUAAGGAACGGGAGAAAUUAAAGCAUGGCAACAGCGAUCACAAGGACCUCUCUGACAAAAAACAUAAAGACAAGGAAAAGAUGAAGCACAAAGAUGGCAGCGCAGACAAAUACAAGGACAAGCACAAGGAGAAGAAGAUUAAGUCCCUUGAUGGUAGAGUCAAAAACGAGAACGGCUUUGCCAGCCCCCCACAAGUAAAGUCUGAGCCUCAGGAGGAUUUUUUCUCCUCUCCUAAAAUUGAGAAGUCUCUAAAAAGAGAACGGGACAAUGAUAACGACUUGGAUUUCAAGCCCAAAAAAGUAAAGAUUGAAAAUGACAAGAAGGUCAAGAAAAGGAAACCGAAUGAGGAGGAUAAUAAGCUCAAUAAGACAAAAAAUAAAAGGGCUAUCACUGAUGGAAAAAAGAAAGCAAAGAAGGAGCCAGAGGAGAAGUGGAAAUGGUGGGAGGAAGAGCGCUACACAGAUGGUGUCAAAUGGAAGUUUCUUGAACACAAAGGUCCUGUUUUUGCACCACCGUACGAGCCUCUCCCUAGCCAUGUCAAAUUUUUCUAUGAUGGUAAGCCCAUGAAGCUCAGCCCGGAGGCAGAGGAGGUGGCCACGUUUUUUGCCAAAAUGCUGGACCACGAAUACACCACAAAAGAUGUCUUCCGCAAAAACUUCUUUAAAGAUUGGAGGAAGGAAAUGAAUGCAGAGGAAAAGUCUAAGUUGACAGACCUGAAGAAGUGUGACUUUAAUGAGAUGAGCGACUACUUCAAGGCACAGUCCGAAGCCAGGAAGGCCAUGUCAAAGGAAGAGAAACUGAAAAUAAAGGAGGAGAAUGAGCGGCUCUUACAGUUGUACGGCUUCUGCGUCAUGGACAACCACCGGGAACGUAUUGCUAACUUUCGCAUUGAGCCCCCAGGCCUGUUCCGUGGCCGCGGAGACCACCCCAAGAUGGGCAUGCUCAAACGUCGCAUCAGGCCUAAAGACAUAAUCGUCAACUGCAGCAGGGACUCUAAGCACCCAGAGCCUCCUCCAGGCACUAAGUGGAAAGAGGUUCGUCAUGACAACAAGGUCACUUGGCUGGUGUCAUGGACAGAGAACAUUCAGGGCUCAAUCAAAUACAUCAUGCUGAACCCCAGUUCAAGGAUCAAGGGAGAGAAAGAUUGGCAGAAGUAUGAAACCGCUCGCAGACUGAAGAAAUGUGUGGACCGUAUUAGGACCCAAUACCGCGAGGACUGGAAGUCUAAGGAGAUGAGGAUCAGACAAAGGGCUGUGGCACUCUACUUUAUUGACAAGCUGGCUCUUAGAGCGGGUAAUGAGAAGGAGGAAGGAGAGACCGCCGACACAGUGGGCUGCUGCUCGCUGAGAGUUGAACACAUCAAACUCUAUCCAGAGAACGACGGUCAAGAGUUUGUGGUGGAGUUUGACUUCCUCGGUAAAGACUCCAUUCGCUAUUACAACAAAGUCCCUGUGGAGAAAAGGGUAUUUAAGAAUCUUCAGUUGUUUAUGGAGAACAAGGAGCCUGAUGAUGACCUGUUUGACCGCCUAAAUACUUCCGUUCUGAACAAGCACCUUCAGGAGCUGAUGGACGGACUGACAGCCAAAGUCUUCCGUACUUACAACGCUUCAAUCACCCUGCAACAACAGUUGAAGCAGCUCACAAGUGCGGAAGAGAACGUUCCAGCCAAGAUCUUGUCCUACAACAGGGCCAACCGGGCUGUGGCCAUCCUGUGUAACCAUCAGCGGGCUCCGCCAAAGACAUUUGAAAAGUCUAUGCAGAACCUGCAGGCUAAGAUUGAUGCUAAAAGGGAUCAGCUCUCUGAUGCAAAGAGAGAACUAAAGAGCUCAAAGGCUGAUGCCAAAGUACGGAGAGAUGAGAAAACCAAAAAGACCGUGGAGACCAGAAAGAAGGCGAUUGAGAGGAUAGAAGAGCAACUGAUGAAGUUGGAGGUGCAGGCGACUGAUCGCGAGGAGAACAAGCAGAUUGCUCUCGGCACUUCCAAGCUCAACUAUCUGGACCCUCGCAUCUCUGUGGCUUGGUGUAAGAAGUGGGGCAUUCCAGUGGAGAAGAUCUACAACAAAACCCAGCGCGAGAAGUUUGCCUGGGCCAUUGACAUGGCAGAUGAUGACUUUGAGUUUUAAAUCAGAGUUUGGUUUUAACUGAUACACAUUUCUUUUUCUGAUACUUUGUUUUUAGCUUAAUUGAAUUUGCUCGGAGGCCAGACUUGAUCAAGAAUUUCAGACAGUUUGUGCAGGAAAACGGCAUUGACAUUGUAUAACAAGGCCAUAAUGAAGUGGCAGGAGUGUAUUGUGGGUGGUCUUAACCUCUGAUCUGAGAUCAGGCAUCAAGGCUGAACUAUAUACCCACACAUGAGGAUCGAGGCACGGCCCCAGUUAUUGGAAGCCAUUUUUAUCUUUUGUCUCCUCAGGGACAAAACUUGACAUUGCCUGAACUUUGACCCUUGUGGUCCUAUCGCUAUGGUAUUCAGCAAAACAAAAUAGCUUUGUAACAUUUUAUUUUCACUGUUUACUUGCUCUGUAUUUUAGCCCUCCCAUGUAUUAUUAAUGAAUUCUAUAUUUUGAUAGUCGAAGCUAAAUCAAAUGAGUUCCUUAACUACACCCACGCGCCUUUCGAGGAAAUGGAAAUCUGAGCUGGAGUUGUGUGCGUGUGUGUAUGAGGGGCUCGGCCAUGGAAUUGAUUGGAUGAAUAUGUUAAACUGGACUAUGUUGCGUUGUUAAGCAUGAGGAUGUUUUGGUGGACUAAAUACUGCAACCAUGUCAAUAUUUACUUAAGCAAGCAGAAUGUGAAUAUUUUGUUUUACAGCCUCCAUCAGGGACUUCUUUUACAUUGUAAAUGUGAACCAAUCAUUUGUCUUUUUCUUUUCUUUUCUUUUUUUUUUUUAAAGUCGCAAGCAUCCUCUGAA